UAAUUGGUAAACGAAAGUGAUUUUUCCCAAGUUUGAUAAGCUCUUUCAUCGGUUUCAUCACAACUGCAGAUACGAAACUCACAGUUAUCGAGCUCUCAUCCACGGCGGACUCGUAUACCACCGAGCACUGAACAUUGGAACUUUUGUGUAAGCUAUUGGAGUGGGCAUGGCUGAGACAGAUGUAGUUACGUUAAUCAAUGCCAUACCUUCGUUGAUAGAACAGUUGAGCAACGCAUUCUCUGAGCUUGAGGGGCAUGAGGAUGCCAGUGUAGACAAAGCUCAGUUCAAGGAAAUUCAGGAACACUUCAAGCAACUUGAGGCAAUGGUGGUAGACAAAUAUUUCGAGCUAGACAUUAGAGAGAAGGCAUUCUGUGAACAAGAAUCUCAUGUUCUUAUGCUGGUCAAGUCAAGGGAGGCAAAAGUUGCUACUAUGGAGCAAGAUCUGUUGGACCGUAUACAAAAACUCAAAGAUGCUGCUGCCUCUGCUAUUUCUGAAGCACGGGAAAACCAUAAACUGACACCAUAUGAGCCUGUGGAUGUUGGGGACAGUGAUGAUAGCCAGGUAAGCAGCUCUCUUGGUGAUACAAAUGCAUUCCAUACUGGCUCAGAGGUGAAAUCCCCUCAUGAAACCGUCCAAAAUGCCGGUCCUAAGCCACGAUCAGAAUUGAUGCAAAUCUGUGAACAGAUGGAUGCAAAAGGGCUUCUGAAUUUUGUUACGGGGAACCAAAAGAGUGUAACAACAAUUUGUAAGGAAGUUGCCCUUGCACUUCAAUGUGCAACUGAACCAGGCCGUUUGGUGCUGGCUUCACUAGAGGGCUUCUACCCUCCUGAUGAGCCUAAUGAAAAUGAUGAGAAAAAUAUCGAUAUGAUCCUGGGCAUGCGUCGCUCCUGCCUUGUGUGCAUAAAAGCCAUGGCCACCUUGUUGGCAAAGGCUGAUCCAGGUUCUGAUUCCAUCCUGUCCCCUGAAAUUAAGCAGCAAGCCAAAGCCAUUGCUGAUGAAUGGAAGCCUAAGGUGGCUAAUGCUGGCACUGGUUCUGCCAGUGAGAAUUCAUUGGAAACCGAGGCAUUUUUGCAGCUUCUUGCAACUUUUAGGAUUGCUUCAGAGUUUGAUGAAGAAGAACUCUGCAAGCUUGUUCUUGCAGGUGCUCACAUAAGGCAGGGGCCUGAGCUCUGCCGUUCUCUUGGCUUAACACACAGGAUUUCAGGUGUAAUCGAAUCAUUGAUCAGUAGUGGGAAACAAAUUGAUGCUGCCCAUUUUAUACAUGCUUUUCAGCUUACUGAAAGCUUUCCUAUUGCUCCCCUUUUAAAGGCACAUUUAAAGGACCUGAGAAGAGGUUUACAAGGGAAGGGUAGUAACUCAGAGAACAAUGGAAAUGCUCAAGAACUCACUGCACUGAAGGCUAUAAUUAACUGUGUUCAAGAAUACAAUCUCGAGGCAGAUUACCCACUCAAUCCACUUCAAAGAAGGGUUGCUCAACUGGAAAAUGCAAAGGCUAAUAAUGAUAAGAAGAGAUCUGCUGAACCAGAGAGACCUCGGCAUUCCAAGAAGCCGUAUGCAAAUGGAGCACAUGGUUCUCGGGGGUCUUCCUCCAAUCCUAGUCGGCAGGCUCCUUCAGGUCUCACUGGGAGAGCAGCCUAUGGAGGCGCCUCGGAGAGGUAUCCUCCUCCCGCAUAUGAUUAUCAAGCUCCAACCUCAACUGCAUACCCACCGCAAGCAGCUUAUGAUCAGGGAUCAUAUUAUUUUCCUCCGGAUGAAAUGGUUGCCGCCCCAACUUCGUAUCCGGCUGCUCCUGCACCCGCACCCGCAUCUAGUUACAGUGGUUAUGCUACAGGUAGUGCAAUGCCGGGUAAUCCACGCCAACCAUACAUAUAAAUUAGUCUGAACUAAACUGAUUUUGCUUUAGAGAGGACCUAUGUAAACUCUGUUUAGUAUCUCAUACUGAAUCGCAUUUGAGAAUGUAAUUUACAAUUCACUGGUAGGCUAAACUCACCCCCGAUUCAGUGUUUUCAGAGAUCCUAUUGUUUUCCUUUCUAAUCACUUUAUUAGAUUUGUCUUCAAUUCCUAUAUA